AUGCGACACCAUAAAAGAGAAAUUUUGGAAGGUUUAGACAGAAUAGUUGCUUUCUUGGAAAAGGAUGAAGAUAGGUACGCCUUAAUGAAAGAUGCAAUUCUUUCCCAAUCUAAUUAUAUGAAGGAUGCAAUACAAGGUUAUGGCAUUGACCUCCAUAUACUGGGACUACGAGAAUCAGCGAAAGAAUUAGAUAUUCCUGUGCCAUCUUUAUUUACUGAUGAUGGUUACAAGACAUUUAAUUAUUUUAAGCUGUCCACAAGUCAGGUAGCAACAAGGAAUAUGAUAGGUGUUUGCUAUGGUGCUGUUGUUCCAGAUAUAUUUAAGAUUCAAAUCAACUCCCCAAAAUGGUGCAUCUGUCCCUUAAAUAUCGAGAAAGCAUCAUUCAUCUAUUUAAUCUUGCCAAUUAUUAAAACUGUAGCCCUGUCCAAUUUGAUUUAG